AUGUCCUUUAAACUGCAGUUUCUUCAAACCCAUUGCCUGAUCAUGAAGCUGAUUCUAUCCCAUGGCCCUUCCACAGCAUCAAAUGAGUUGUUGUGGAAUAAUCAUAUUAUUUCAGAAUUAAGCAAGAUUUGCAAAGUAAUAUACGCCAAACCUACGUUCACUAAACUGGAAAAUACAUUUACGAAUCGAGAUGCAAGGAUUGAUUUAGUACUCUCUUCGAGUUGUAUUGAUCGAUUGUCCACAGUCCUGUUCAAUAUUAAAGGAAUUACAAUGAAGAAACCACCCAAAAUACGAAAUGAUCUUAUGUGUCCAGCUAUUGAGGAUAUUUUUACAUUGGAACAUAAUAAUGAGGACUUGGAGGAACUACACAGUUUACUUCUAUGGAAAUGGAACAGGAGUAAGCCCAAUGCGUCUUAUAUAGCCUCUGAGCCGCCCGUUAUCAUCAAACCUUGGAUAUUUAACAACAGACCAGUGAAAAAAGUUGUGACCAGUGGAAAUCUACUAGUUGCAUUGAAUGCACCAAAUAUAAUGAGGAGGCAGUACGAUUUGAGCGAUCAUCGCGGUAGUAGAUUUUUUCAAGAAGGUCCAUUGACGAAAGCGCAUGAUCAUACAGCUAGGGUUUAUCAUCCAUCAGGACCAAUUAGCUCAGAGGGUUACUUGAAAGUCAAGCCAGUCAUCUAUGAGUCUCUUGAUUCAAUGCCUCCUCGUUUACAGAAAUGGCUGCAUGGUGCUAUCGAUGAUACUGUUAAGAUAAAUCAACAUGAACAGGAAAGGCUGGACCUGAUGUUGCAUGGAUUUAAAGGGUUUACCUAG